CCAUCAGGAGGACAUGACGAAGGCGGAUGGCAACCAAACCGUCCACUUGCAGAAGACGUCCUCGGUGCUCCGCGACAAGCCCAUGCUGUCGGGCGGACUCAUGUGCCAUCUCGGUACCGAGGCUCAGUCAGGCGAGAUUCCAGGCCUUCGACAAAACGUCGAGCUGGCCGGCGACAGAGCCGGCAAGACGUCUACGCCCGUCUUCUUUUUCGACCGAGACCCGGAAAUCUUCCGCUUCGUGUUGGACUAUUAUCGCACAGGAGAACUGCAUCUGCCCACCAACAUUUGCGGGCCGUUUGCUCGCAAGGAGCUGAUUUACUGGGGCGUGGAUGAGUCUUUCAUUCUGCCCUGUUGCAUGCCGGCCUACAUGAGGUAUGAAGAGGAGAGACGCAUCAAGAAGACGCUUUUUCGCGACUGCUUUGAAGACAUUGACUCCAUAAAGAAUUUGGUAAAAUGCUGUCGUGGCUGGAAGCGCUGGAAAUACCAGAUAUGGCUUUUUUUGGAUCAUCCCAGUUCAUCAUUGGCGGCAAAAGUGAGUUGUAUUCUUUCGAGUGGGUACGGCAAAGAUUUUGCCCAACAGACCCUUAGCUGGAAUUCCGUAGCGUCUGAGAUAGCAUUGUCGUGA